AUGGAUUCAGAGAUUCGAAUGCGGAAAGCUGAAGGUGGGAGCGAGGAGACACCGCCAGAAUUCGCCCAUCGGAUGAUGAAGACAAUCAAUGCAGCGACUCUCACCCUCGCCCUGAGUCUGGGGUGCGAAACGGGUCUCUUUAACGUCAUCGCCACCCAGAAAGAACCACAAACCAGCAAACAGAUCGCCGAAUCCGCCGGCAUGAAAGAACGAUACGUCAGAGAAUGGUUAGGAUCGAUGGUGGUAGCGAGAAUCGUAGAGAUGGACCCUGACAACCAGACAUACUUCGUACCCGAAUCUCGGCGACCUUUCCUCACCAACGGCCCCUGUAACAUCGUCGCAUUCAGUGGUUUGGUCCCCAUGUUAUGUCAGGCCUACGAUUCCGUUCUCGGUUGCUUCAAAGAAGACGGGCCACAAGGUGUUCCAUAUUCUCAGUAUCCCAGGUUUCAUCGUUUCAUGGAUCAUAUGUCACGGAAGAUGCAUGAUAAUUGUUUGAUCCAGGACAUGAUUCCUUCCAUAACAGGACUUGUUGAUAUGUUAGAAACUAACGUAUCUGUGUUAGAUCUUGGAUGUGGUCAAGGUCAUGCAACAAUGCUGAUGGCGCAGCGCUUCCCCGGAUGCACUUUCUAUGGGCUUGAUAUCUCCCAGAAGGCCAUCGCCGAGGCACGGGCAGAAGCCGCUCGACUCAGCCUCACCAACUGCAAGUUCCUCGUGCAAGACGUUGCCACACUCCCAGACACAUGGAGAAACACAUUCCAUCUGGUCACCUCCUUCGAUGCUUUCCAUGACAUGGCCGACCCUGAGGGUGUCCUCCGCGAGACGAGGCGGGUGAUGGUCGAUGGCGGUCUGUUACUCAUGAUGGAAGUCAACGUGCACAGCUCGCCGCACAAAAACGUGGGGAAUCCCCGAGCCAUUGAUGGUUACGUCAUCAGUAUGCUCCACUGCACACCGGUGUCCAUGUACUUUGGAGGCCCAGGACUUGGCACGAUGUGGGGAAAGGAGAACGCUUCGGAAAUGCUCAAGAAGCAUGGAUUUGGAGACAUCACCAUGAAACCAUCGAAGGACAGGUUCAACGUCGUUAUCACGGGGAAAAAGAAAACAGACUAGGUCCACAGCUGAGCAUUCAACAUCCUUAUACCUUUAGGGAUGUCAAACCGAAAAGCUUCAUGAAUUCAUAGAUCAAGCGCUCUUUGUGUUAAUUUGUCAUA